AUGCCUGUGGCGGCGUCCGCCAUAUACUUUCUCAAUCUCCGUGGAGAUGUGCUCAUCAAUCGCCUCUACCGCGACGAUGUCGGGUAGGUGCACUUGUUCUCUUUCUAGAUUAAUUUCGAGCUCGUCGAACAUGCGAGUGGCGGUUCCAAUUCCUUCUUUUUAAUUCUCUGUGUGAAAGAAAUCUCCGCACGAUUUUUCCUCGUUUUCUUUAGGAAGGAGGGAUUUGCGCCCGUGCCCUCUCAAUGGACUUUUUGGCGGUGGAUUAGUCGGUUUGGUUGAUUAAUUAGACAUUUGAUAGUUAGGGAUUGCCAUUCGGAUUAGAAUCCAUCACCUUCUGUUUCGCGUUUUGGAAUUGCAUUGUUAUUUGUCCCCACAGUUGUUGAUGCCCUGCCACGUUCUUAAGAGUGCAGAGUUGACCACACAAUGUUCAGUUCAGUUUCCUUGGAUCUCUACUGCACAUGUUGUCAUAAUUCUAUCAAUCUGAACUCACGAGCUAUUAUUGGUACUGUCCAGGUGCAAAGACUGUAGUAUCCUUUGACACUACUACAGUGCCACGUAACUUCAUUGCUAACUGAAAGCCCCAUCCGGAACGCUUGACCCACGUGGCUAUUCCUUAUAACGCUUAUGUGGGAAUUACUUAAUCGGGUUGGGUUGAUUUUUACAUUAGAUGCCGAAGAGCAAAGAGCGAACACCAAGGUUUCAGAUGAGUUUCAAACCAGGGGCUGUUGAUUGGAUUCUUUGGAAGGUUAAGUUGUGGUUUUGACCUAAACCUUUGGUUUUCCUGAGAGUAACUUCACCAAAUAAAAUUCGGUCGUGGUGGAAUGAUUAACAGGGUACUAAAUUGUUGUCUAGUCCACAUCUCGAUUCUUAAAACCCUACUACAAUAUAUCAUGCUUAUCAUUUGUCCCAAGAAAUGUGAUUGAUUCCCAUGAAACCUACCAUUUUAACGGGAAAUAGUAUUGAAAAAUUCUCCAAAUAUAUAUUCUGUUUAGCUUGGAGUCUAUCAAUCCAGGCUCAGCCAAUUCUUGCAAAUCCAGCUAUCAUCCCCUGAUAAUAGAUUUUCGCCAGCUGAGCUCAAUCCAAACUGGUCGAUCAAAUUCGGAUUGGUUGAAUCCGCAGUCCACGCAUGAAAGCCAUUUUAUGUUGUUUCCACUGGUUGUGCUGGUACUGGUAGAAAGUUGUCUUGUCAAGGGACCUAAUAGAGUCAGUAUAGAUGAUAGAAAGUUGUGAUUAUAAUUCUCAAACGUCUGGUAACCUAUUUUCCAGUUGUAGAAUUUACUGUGGACCUUAUUUUUAUCUUUUCUCUCACUUGGGUACUCUGUAUUUCUGACAUUCUGUGGUUCUUGCAGUGGAAAUAUGGUGGAUGCUUUCCGAAUGCAUAUAAUGCAGACAAAAGAACUUGGCACUUGUCCUGUUCGGCAGAUUGGGGGUUGCUCCUUCUUCUAUAUGAGGAUCAGCAAUGUGUACCUUGUGAUUGUUGUUAGCAGCAAUGCCAAUGUUGCAUGUGCUUUCAAAUUUGUUGUUGAGGUGAGAAUUGUAAACUAUAAUUACGUUUACCGUUUAUUUUUUAUCAUGUUGGACUGAGAAUAGCAGUUGUCAACUAGCCUUCAUCAGAAUUAUCCUUCCCCUUGCUUAGCUCUGUAAAAAAUAUCUUUACCAAUUUAGUCAGAUACUGAAAAUACGAAGUUACAUGAAAGAACUUAUGCAUGCGAGGGAAGGAAACGAUAUGUGUUGAUCUUUGUAAAUUCUGAGAGAGAAAUGUGCUUUGGAUACCAAAUGAAUUUAUAAUAGACGUGAUGGAUUGUCUUUCUUCAUUUUCACGUGGAAAGUUUCAGAGUAGAUAUGACACAUUUCUUUUUGGAAAUGAUUUUUGUGAAGCCACUGGAACUUGGUAAGUUUUCUUAUUAUUGACCUAGCAGACACAAGUUCUUCAAAUCGUUCUUGUACUAUUUAAACUGUCCAUAGUUCUUUAAUCAUUUACUUCCUGUUCUUCCGUUUUAUUUCCCCUUCUGAUUAAGCUUUUCCUGGAUUUCUAGAGUUUUAUUUUAUUUCAAUGUCUUUGCGCUCACCUGGGAAAUGACCUCUUCAGGAAGUAGGUAUAAAGGUCUAAACCUCACCUAAGUAUGAGUGAAGUAGCUCCUCAAAGACUUCGAGUCCUACCCGUUUCAAAGGAGUUGUGCUCAUAAUGCGAUGCCAAGUCAACCAUUGAACUUAUGCUUAUGCGCAUAUUCUUGUUCUCCGUUUCUUUUCUGUGGCACCUUUUUCAAUUGGGUCUUCAUUACUUUUUUUUCUCUAUUCAUUUUCCAUGUUUGACCUUCUAGUGAAAUCCUAUAAAUGCAAAUCAUGUCUUUUAGUAUCUGUUGAGCACGAAGGAACUGAGUGUUUGAAUUUGCCAAGUCUUACUUCAGAAAGAGGAAGAUUUUCUAUAAUGGAUAGCUUAUUAAACGUGAGUACUAAACAUGGAUUAGGCAAUAUAAAUACAUUAGUCAACGUGUUGUCACGCUCCUUAGGAUACUCGUGAUAAGCACUAGGUAUCAGCCAAUGUUCAUUUGGUAAAAAAAUCCUCUUUUAUUGCUGAAUUGUUUUGAAUGGAUCUACUUGUUUAGCAUCCAAUGUGGAGCAUGAAAAAUUGUCACUUACAUUCUAGCCUGUUACAAGGCAGGCACCGAUGUGGAGCACGUCCUGAAUAUUUUCAGUUGAUGCCAUGCAGGCUACCAGAUGUAAAAUAUAUGCUUAUUGUGCGUAAUUUUUCUGGGUCAUGGUUUUGACCCACCUUCUUUAGGAUCUGUAGUCAUCACGUCUCGAAUUUUUUCUCGCCUCACUGUGUCUGUAUAUAUUAUUUGAUUUUAGCUGUCGGGUUCAAUAGCUAAUCCAAUUUGUAUUUCUAUUUAUAUUAGUGCUUAACCGUAAUCAUCUAUCCAAUUUGGCUGCUAAUUAGUUUUUAUUUCAGUUAGCUGAAGGGAUUUUCCCUGUCUACCACUAUUAUUUCUGUUUUUUUAAGAGAAGACAAGCGUUAACCUUUGUGUAAUCUGUGAUCAGGCUGUUGCACUUUUUAAAUCUUACUUUGGGGGACAGUUUGAUGAAGAUUCAAUCCGGAAUAAUUUUGUUUUGAUAUAUGAACUUCUAGAUGGUAAGCUCCUUGGUUUUUCUUCUAGAGUUUGAUAUAUGAACUCCUUGGUUUUAUUUGGAAGCAAUGAAAUCUUCAAAGGAGCUGUUUAAAGCUUACCAAUUGUGAAUAGUAGAGGAAUUUCUUGAGUACAAUAAGACAUUGAGCUUGUUAUAUAAUUCCUGAUUAAGUGCGCUAUCUUUUUUUAAAUGUUGCGCUUUUCCCAGAUCCUAAAUCAGAAAUAAUAUAGGGGACAAGCCUCCCCUAUAUGAAGACCACUAAUCCCUGCUUUUGUUCCCAGAGUUAUUCUUCUUUAGCCUUUGUGAAUUAAAUUGCACUACGGCUCCCCCUUCCUCUCAUUGUUUUUGAGAAAAAUCUGUGAAUUCUUUCCUCUUAUUUUAUUCUCAUGCUAUACAGAGAAAUAUUGUAUGUAUCCAAGAUAGUUAUUUAUUGCCAUAGAGUUUGUUUAGAUCACUCUCUAAGAAAUAAAAUGUCGGAUAUCCAAACAUGCAGCCUCUAUUAGAUGCAUCAAGAGUAGUGGCCCCUAGUAUUCUCAGCUACCUAAAUCCACAUACCCACCAUGGGACCCAAUUAAAACAUAGGUACAAACUUGAGCUGUUGUCACCAUAUGCCCUGAAUUCAAUAAACCGAUCUAAUCUGUGGCCAACGACUGAAAGGAAAUCGAAUUCUUCUGGGUAUUUGUCCUGAGUUAUCAGCCAGUGAGUUGUACAACCAAAGUAAUUUAAUAUCUUAUAUGCAUGGCGCUUAGGACAAGCUUCUCCUUAUUCAGUUAUGCUACCUUAUUUUUAUUUUCUAAGGUGUAUAUUGUCACUAGGGGGGUGAAUAGAGUUUUUCGUAUAGUUUCUACCGGGGUGAAAAAAUGGACAAACCUCUUUAUAAUGAGAAAGGAGAUAAUUCUUGCAUUCUGAGAGUCUUGAAUUUAUAGAAACAUUGUAGACCAUCUUUUUUUUUUUGGCUCCUGUAUAGGAGCGUCUUAUUUUUUAAAAUCUUGUUGUAUAAUUGUGUAUACUCUUUUUCUUAUUUUUCAUCUUUAGUUAAUACAUGGACUGCCCACUUUCAAAACAAUAUUGGUAUGGGUGUAGCAAUAUAAUUACUGAUAUUUUAUGGGCAUAAAAAAAUGUGAGUUCUAGUUUGAAAAUUGUAGUAAAUAUUAACGUAUGAUUUGUGUUAACUUUGUAUUUUUCCUUAUGCGAUAGAAAUUAUGGAUUUUGGAUACCCACAAAAUCUGUCACCUGAGAUAUUGAAACUUUACAUCACUCAAGAAGGGGUUCGAUCUCCAUUCUCAUCUAAGGUCAGACUCGUGUUGUAAUGCUGUCAUCAUCAUGUCUUUUUUCAAUAGGUUUCAAUGUGCUUUGCUUUUCUGCAUUUGCUUCUUGAUUUAUUUUUUUUAAUGGUGCCUCUAAAUGGGUAGCCUACGGACAAGCCAGUACCAAAUGCAACUCUUCAAGUAACAGGAGCUGUUGGUUGGAGACGAGAGGGCCUUGUCUACAAGAAAAAUGAGGUUAUAGGAAGUUUCCUUUUGCGAUUUGUUAUUUUGAUGAGUAGAAGCCAAUAUCCUUAUCUCUUGCAUUCAGGUUUUCCUGGACAUUGUCGAAAGUGUAAACCUCCUCAUGUCUUCCAAGGGUAUGAAUGAUUUUUAAUAUUUUGAUUCCCUUUGUUGGAGAUAAUGAGUGCUCUUUUUUCAUUCGAAACAUAACCAUUUUCUAAAAUACUUUCAUGUGCGCAGGCAGUGUUCUACGUUGUGAUGUUACUGGAAAGAUCCUGAUGAAAUGCUUCCUCUCUGGGAUGCCUGACCUAAAGCUAGGCUUAAAUGAUAAAGUUGGUCUUGAAAAGGAAUCGCAACUUAAAUCAAGACCUGCUAAGAGGUACAUAUGCAUCAUUUUUUAAACUGUGCACAUUGUAUGUACAAAAUAUUGAACCGAUUACUAAUCGUAAAUGAUAUAUUGAAUAAUUAUUAAAGGAUGCGUAUAUCAAUUUUCUUCACUUUCGAUAUUUAAUGUUCGUUAGACGUAUUAGUAGAUGCAGAAGAUCCAUUUUUGAAGGCAAUAGACAAGUCUAUUCUUUCAUUAGUUUUGGUUACUUGUUUUUUAUUUUUGCAAAUAAAAUAUAUACUUCAUAAUACAGACUCCAUAAAUUAUUUGUUGUUCGAUGUGAAACGAAAAUGGAAAUGGGUUGAAAUAAAAAAAAUUGUCAGAUAACCAUUAUCCCUUUCUAGGAACUCCUACUUAUCAUGUUUACAAAACAAUAAACAUGCUAAUUCGGCUCAACGUACAACCUCUUGUAUGCCAUGGACCCAAUAAACUGUGACAAUUUGUGUGACGAUGCGUCAUUGAUGCAGUUCUGAGUUCCAACAAUGGUGCAGUUUUCCAAUAGCCUUUCAGCCUAAAGGGAUGAGAGGUCUGUUAAUGACAUUUAAUGUGGAGGAGUUUUAUUAUUCUAAUGCGCUCCUCUUUCCUGAAAUUUUCUUGAUGAUGAGAUACAUCAACAUGCGUACCUGAGUUGACAAUCGUAUAUCCCCCAAGAUGAUUUGAUUUUAGUACUUCAUAUCUACAAAUUGUUUAAAGCUAAUCGUGUCUAUAACAGUGUAAGAGAGUUUCAAUUACAUUCAAUGCAGGCAUUCAUUAUCUGAAAUCAGCUGUUAUUUUUGGAAAGAAUUUCGUGUUUUGGUGUACCAAUUAUUCACAGUUGCUGGUUUUGAUGCCCUAACUGUUUCACUUGAUAUUCGUUUGAUGUUUUCAGCGGAAAAACUAUUGAACUUGAUGAUGUUACCUUCCAUCAAUGUGUAAACCUGACGAGGUUCAACUCUGAAAAGACAGUUAGUUUUGUGCCACCAGAUGGAGAAUUCGAAUUGAUGAAGUAAACUCUCUGUUCCUUGUUUUUCUAUUUUUACUUGUUAUGUGCCUUAGUGUGGAUUGUAAAAAUGAAUGCUUUCUCCCGUACCACCAGCACCAUGAAUCAUAUGCUCAACUUUUCUGAACCUUGUUUGCUGUUUCCAUAUUUCAUACCUCUUGUUUAUGCAUAUCGGACUUUGACACGUUUAAUCCUCCUUUAUGUCCAUAUGUUUCUUCUCUCUCCGAGAAGAUGAAAAUAAUCGAUAAACUUGCCACAUAAAUUUUUCUGACGCAGUAAUAGGCAAACUAUACUCUUCAGUUGGCUCCAAAAUUUAAUAUGAACUCGACACUGCUUGAAAGAAACCAGAACCUGUAUCUCAUUGUUAUGAUGUAAAGAGUAAGUCGUUUUUUUAUUUAAACAUUUUCGUUCAUUUAUUCUAUUGAUCUUUAUUUUUUUAUUCUAUCUUCCCAGUCCAGGGAGCUUAGUUUCAAACAUUCCUGUAUAUUAUUUUAUAGUUUCUUUGAUUUGAUGAUGGAUUAGUUACUUGAGCCGUGAUGGUGAUGUAUGUUAUGAAGAGCAAUAAGAAUGAUCAUUUUCUUGAUUGUCUUCAUGCUACUGAUGUUGUCGCCAAAACUGUGCAAUGAGAUAAUGGAGAAAAGAAGAGUAGCACUUGGGACACCUAACCUUUGACUGUAAUAUCCUUAUUGCAUUGCCUAUGAGAGCUUGCCAAAAAGAUGAGCUGGAAAAGCAAGUCCUAGGUAAAAUUUGGGUCUGGGAUGGGUUCCGAUCUUUCAAGCAAAAAUUUGGACCUGGGCCUUUCAGAAUUAUAAUUGACUCAGCUGAAUGACCCAAAACAUCUCAGGCCUAUUUGCAAACUAGGAAAUUAGGGACGAGUUAGAACGUUUUGACAACAUGUUCUGUCAGAUACAGGUGAUUUUGGGUCAUCUAACUUACGAUCAUUUUGAAAUUGGGGCAGUGCAAUCCAACCUCGGGAAAAAUGAGGCCUGUUGGUAUCAAAUGUGAUAGUGUCCCAUAAUCAUGAGGAGGCAACUUCUUGUUUUCUCUUCUUUCGCCUUUCGGUUCUGCGCCUUUCUAUUGAGUGUUUUCUUGCCAGUGUUCAGUACCGAGAUAUUUGAUCAUCAUUCCAUUGUUCUUUUGUUCAUGAUCCACUCGCCACUCCCCUGCUCCUUCACUCCCAAUUUGUUUAAUCCCAUCCUUUAAGACUACUACGUCCUUCCCAUCUAUUUGUUCUUCAUACGCUCUUUCUUUCAAUUUUUGCAUCUUUGCAUUAGAAGCCAUACAAUUGCGGGCAGGUUUUUCCCUCCUUUUUCUUUUCCUUUUAUAGUAAAAGCCGCCACAUUGCUUGCACUUCCUCCCUUCUGCUUUCCCUUCAACUUUUUCUGUCCUCCAGUGGAGGUCGUCAAAUACUCUUUAGAUGUUGGAAGACGCAUAAUGAUUCACAUUUACGUAUUUAUUUGCCUGGCAUCGCCAAUUUCCUCUGCUUUUUACGUUUCAACAUUGUUUUGAACUUGGGGUUGUCUGAGCAUUGAUUUAGGUUAUUUUUAAAUGUACAAGUGGUGAUGAUUUAUGCGAUGGAAAAAUGGAAAAACUGCAGAAGAUUAUGCGUUCAUUUCCUAAAGAACAUUCAUUUGGCCAUUGGAAUGGAAUCUCGAGUCCCAGACUUGAAAUCAUAUCUGGUAACAAACAGCUUGUCCAUUGAUGUUAAGCUUCUCAUUGCCGCUAUUUUGCUUGAAAAAUACCCAAGUCUCCAAUCUAGGUUCAGAGGUGAUGGAUCAAUCCUUUGAUAGAUAAAUAAUGUGAUGGGCUGAGUAUAUCGUGUACAAUCAAUUCCCUAUCUUUUCUAAACAUUGACACUGGCGCAUAGUUUUUUCUGCUGUCUUCAAUUGCUUCAAUUUUUUUAUAUUUUUUUGGUUUCAUGUAUCUACUGAAAGGCGCCACGUGAGAGUUUAGAUCCAGUAGGGAGCCAAUCAAUUUAGAGGGUUCUGUUGUCUUUAUUAACUUUGCCAAAUCAGUUGAUUCAGAUCAGAAUUGGGGUUUCUGGUCGUGUUAAACGGGGAAUUGAUCCUUUUCGGAAAUUUUCAAUUUAGGGUGGAAUAAAUCAGCUGACCCCACUUGGAUCAGCCAAUCAAGGGUAUCCUGCCAUUUUUCUAUACAAGUUGGAGAUUGCAGACUGCUGCUCAUUGGAACCCUAAAAGGUUGCCUUAACUGGGAAUUUUAUAGAUUGAAAGAUAAGGCACUAUUGAUGCCAAAUAAAUAAAUAAAUAAAUAAAUCUGGGCAGUGCAACAAAGUGGCAUGAGGUGAUGGAUAAGCAAAAGAUGCAUUUGUUCUUGCUGAAGAAAAUCAUGAUAACAUUUAUUUAUGACUUCACUCUAUUUUUUCAUAGAUCUUCAGUGACGAGUCAAAGAUAUACUGGUUAAAGAUUGAACCUCGCUUUCUGUCGUGAACAGUGGCACAAACCCUAGAAGGAUACGCAGAGGAAAAAGUCAACCCGUAUUCACAUCGUAGAUGACUGUCAUAUACAAGUAUCAGGAAAUGAACCAACAAUCUAGGAAACAGUCCGACUACGAACUGAAGUCCUAAUUAUGCGUUCUUUCCCACACUUUGCGUACCAACUCAUUGCAUCGUAUCUGUCAAUCAUGAAUUAGAGCAGAGAAUUCAUGUGCACUCCCCUUAGUGUUUGGUGAUACCAGCGUUGAAUGCUAACGAGCUGGCACAUUUUAGCCUCAUGAAAAGAAUUCCUUUUCCCCAUCUUUCUAAAAAUGCCAUGAAUUUUCUCAGGUACAGGAUUACUGAGGGCGUGAAUCUACCGUUUAGAGUCUUGCCAACAAUCAAGGAGUUGGGUCGAACCCGCAUGGAAGUCAACGUUAAGGUACGUAAUUAAUAUGAAGUGCUGAAAAACCUAUUAAUUUUCGCCAAUCUUCUAACCCCUAUCACCUGGCAGGUCAAGAGUGUUUUCGGCGCAAAAAUGUUUGCACUGGGGGUUGUGGUUAAGGUUCCUGUGCCGAAGCAGACUGCUAAAACAAGCUUUCAAGUGACUUCUGGUCGAGCCAAGUACAAUGCGGCUCUCAACUGCAUUGUCUGGAAGUGAGCUGCUUCUUGUUUCCUACUUUGCCUAUCCAUGUUGAGAUAUGUUCUAUCUUGUUCAAGUGUGUUGACCAUUUGUCAUCUGUCGAUUUGCUGAUUCAUGAAUACCUUCAAACAUCUACAAUAUCAUAAUCCUGCACAUCCGGAGGGAAAAUCUAGAUCACCUAAAGAUAAUCCAGUAGUGACAUCUAUUUUUAUUUUUUUUCUAAUUCAGGAAAUGGCUCUGAUCUAUGACCACUUCUUGGUAUAAAUUCUCGAAUCCUGAACGAAUUAGUCUGACCAUACAUUUUUCCAUUUAUGUUGAUGUUCUACUCUCAUUAACGCUGGCUGAUACUUCCUACUUGCAUAUAUGUUUUAAUUUUUGACCUGCUGAUUAAUCACGAGGCCCAAGCAUUUGUUUUCUGGUCGGUAUCUAAUAAUCGUUCCAAAAAAAUUCAUUGCAGGAUCAGAAAGUUCCCAGGUCAAACGGAGUCAACCAUGAGCGCAGAGGUCGAGCUGAUCUCCACGAUGGCAGAAAAGAAAUCCUCCACUAAGCCUCCAAUUCAAAUGGAGUUCCAGGUUCCAGAGAACUUGAUAUCUUCUUCUAGCACCUGUUUUUCUGCUCCGUUCAGGAAUCGCUUACAUUUUCUUCUCCCAAUCAUGAAACCGGGCUGCUGUUAUGAACUUACGCUACCGAAGUCAGCCCUGAAUCCAUCUGGGCCCCAUUCUUCACGAGCAAUACGGAAAUCUGUGGCUACCCAGAUUCUUACCAUGAGAAAAAGAUUUGCUUAUGCUCCUCCGUGUUGUUUCUUUUGCUUGCAGCUGACCAGCUCUUGCCAUUUCUGUCUCCGCAGGUACCCAUGUUCACUGCAUCAGGUCUGCGGGUCAGGUUCCUCAAGGUACGCCCAUUGCUUUCACUUGCUCAUACUCAGUAGUUAGAGAGAGAGAGAGAGAGAGAGAGAGAGAGAGAGAGAGGGAGAGCUGACUGGAAGUCAAAACGCUGCAGGUCUGGGAAAAGAGUGGAUACAACACAGUGGAGUGGGUCCGGUACAUCACCAAGGCCGGGUCAUACGAGAUCCGGUGCUGA